AUGGGUAAUUCAAAUUAAAAAUUGUAAGAAGAAAAAUAUGAAAAUGUGAUGAAAAAAUUCAAAUUAAAAGAGUCUUUAUAACAUACUUAACUUGGGAUGGUUAGAAUCUAUAAUUUAAAAGAUGAUAAUGUAUUAUUUUUAUGAUUGAAUAGAAUUAUUCUAUUUUUGAAUUUCAUAAGACAGCCACAACAUCAGAGGAAGCUAAACUUAUGCUAACACAUUAUAAAAAUAGAAAAUGUUAUAACAAUGAUCAUCUUACAUNAGACUUUGCUUGAUGCUUAUCCUUUAGAUACAAUGACAAAGGAAGGUAAAUUAUUUUGGUCACCACCAAAGAGAAUACCAUAGAGUAUUGAAUUUAAUGGAUAUGUUGCAUUUAAAUUUGUAGAAUAUUUUGCUAUUCUUACUGCUUAAAUUUAUGGAAUAGAAAUACCAUAAUAAUACGAUUUAAGUAAAUUAGACAUAUAGUUAUAAUAAUAAUAAGUCAAAAAGAAAAAGAAUAACUAAAUAAUAAAAGAUUUAGAAAUUAAAUAAGAAUAAUAAAAUAAUUAAUAAGAAAAUGAUGUAAAGAAUUAUGAUACAUUAAUAAAUGAGGCAAGAAUUUUAUUAGAUUAAAUUAAACCUUGUUUACCAUAACCAUAAUAAUUUGAAAAAGAUGAUGAUUUUAAUCAUCAUGUAUCAUUUAUUACUUAAGCAACAAAUGCAAGGGCUCUAAAUUAUGGUAUUCAAUAAGUAGAUUGGAUGUGGACUAAAUUAAAAGCAGGCAGAGUAUUUAUAAUAUCUAUAUAUUUUAGAUCAUACCAGCUAUGUCAACUACCACUUCUUGUAUUGCAGGAUUAUAAACUCUAGAAUUAAUUAAAAUAUUAUUGAAUAUAAAUUAACCUAGAAAUACCUUUAUUAAUCUAGCCUUAUCAUCUUUUACGUAAAGUGAACCAGGAGAAGUUAAAAAGGUAAUAUCAUUUAUCAUUUAUUUUAGAAAAUCUUGAAAAAUGGAAUGCAAAUUACAAUAUGGUCUAAAUUUAUAUUGAAAAUUAAUAAAUAUUUAGAACCAUUGUCUUCUAUUUUAAAAUAAUUAGAAACUUUAUUUAAUUCAUCAAUCAUUAGUAUUUAAAAAGGAGCUAAAGUUAUAUAUCUUGUUUAGAUGUUACCAAAAGAUGAUAAAGAACUAUAUGAAUUGCUUAACUCUCCAAUUUCCUUUUAUAUUUAAUUUAUUAAUGGUGAAUCAUAAAUAAAUGUAUAACUUUAAGAUUCUACUUGGAUUAUGAUUAAUCUUAUAAUUAUUUGA